UGCGUUGCUGUGAGAACUCCACAGUCGGUGUGUAGAGAGUUUUCGGGAGUACCGUGCUGGUGCACCGGGCGGUGUGAGAGAGAGUAGCCGGUAUGGGCGCGUGUACCGCGGGCUCGGUGUGCGCACUUUACCGCCACACACUUCUGCUUCUGGUUCUGCUGCUGCUGUGUUUGGUGUGCGGUGUGUUUGGGACUUGGGGACCCGGACGCUACACCUACCAGACUGGAACCUCACUCAACAAAGACCCGACUAAAAGGAACUGGUGUUCCCAGACUGUAACUAAGAUGGUGACGUGUCAGGUACAGAACGGUACCACAGUGCAGAGGGUUUAUCAGGCGUGUAGAUGGCCGCAGGGCUGCAGCAGCGGCAGUUACCGUACGGUGGUCCGACCCUCGUUUAAGGUGGUGUAUCGGACGGUCACGUCUCUGGAGUGGAAGUGCUGCCCGGGAUACAGCGGAGCUCGCUGUGAGGAAGAAGCUGCCGCAGCUCACGGACCAGCGAGCAGUAAUCUGGUGGCUCAGGAAGCUGUCAGGAAACAAGCGACGUACCGCAGGCCGAUCGUAGCAAAACCCGCAGAGUCGCUCUCCAGUUGUCUGAACUGCAGUCGUAUCACAGCUCUGACUGAUCGACUCGGAGUUCUGGAGUCAAAGGUCCAGCUCCUCUCAGCUCCCGCUUCUCACAAACACUCUCAGUCCAAGGGUGGAGGAGAUUCGCUCAUGGGGGCUCCACCCGCCAACGGGGCUCCAGGAGUCCAGGGUCCUGCAGGUCCACAGGGCGAGCGUGGCAACGAUGGAUUACCUGGCAAAGACGGUAAACCCGGGUCUCAGGGUCUGCCGGGUCUGAAGGGCGAUGCAGGAGUGAGGGGGCCGUCAGGUUCUCCGGGUUCUCGUGGUACUUCUGGACCGUCAGGACCUCGGGGACCUCCAGGCCUUCCAGGAGAGAGGGGUUUACCUGGACCGCCCGGACCUCCUGGACCUCCAGCACCUGGCCCUGAUGAGAGUGAGAAGAAAAACCUUCUGUUCUCAAACAGCUUCCCAGACCCACGAGUUCCUGCUCAAGGACCCCAGGGGCCUCCUGGUCCCAUAGGCCCCACGGGACCCAAAGGACCAGAGGGACCACCAGGACCCGCCGGACAACCCGGCAAGUCAGGAUCCCCGGGCGCGCAGGGCCCCAUCGGGCCAAAAGGGGAGCGUGGAGAGAGAGGCCCUCUGGGAUAUCCGGGGGAGAGGGGCUUUAAAGGGGAGUCGGGUGAGCCAGGACCCAAGGGUGCACCAGGGGAGAGAGGACUUCCGGGGGACGGGAUACACCAAAUCCGCGAAGCCCUGAAGAUCUUAGCCGAGAGGGUUUUAAUCCUCGAGACUAUGAUCGGUAUCCACGAGGCCGAUUUAGGUUCAGGAGACGGCCAGUUCGGCACCCCUCUACCGGACUACAGCCGGAUCAAGCGAGGAGGAGCUCUGCCCUUCCGGGUCAAAUCAUCCUUCCUCCCUGCUGAGCCUAAACUCCGGGGGCAGUAGCCUCCCCUCUCCUACAGGCCGAAACUCUCAUCCCAGAUCGGACUGGUAACCCCGACCUGUCCCCAUCUCGCACAUCCUACAGAUCCUUCAUCGGCUUCAAGUCUGGAAACGUGGCGUCGAAUCAGGGAGCGGAGGGAACACCUCAGGGAAGAUCAAGUGGUGCUAGAGUCGAACAUCUCUACUGGAAAUCAGUCCUGACCUACGUGUUAAAUAAAGCGUCUCUCUUCUGCUUACCUGUCACGGCUGUUCCAACGUUUACUAAAUCAUUUAGCAAGAGAAACAUCAAACAGAAAUGAGAAAUCAGGAACAUCAAAGGUGCUCGAAUAACUAAAUCUGUUUAGGACAACGAGGGGAUGAUACAAGCUGGUACACAAAAUAAAGAGAGGUUCAUGAAUAAA